CGCGCUUAACUACUGGCAAGUACCUGAUCCUGCCAUCAGGAGCGCUGACUGUCUUCCCCCACCACUCGGCGCAGACUCGAACUGGUCAGUCGUUAGCUAGCUGUUGUGGCGUGAGGUUGUCGCUCGUUCCUCUAACCACACAUCUUAACCUCAAAACGUCGUUUGUCCAAAAUAGUAAACUUUGCACAAUAGUUUCAAACUAAGUCGCGCGGCUCGCGUUGUUUGUGUGACAAAUUGUGUGAUUUUGUGGCUGGUGCUGAGUUGGGCCAAGAUUUAGCUCAAAAUAUUUCUCAGAAAAUCAAAGUGCAAGUGUGUCAGGGUUGAAGGUUCCACUGGUUGCUGAACACAACAAAACCCACCAUGGAUGAACUAACUCUUUGUCGGAUAUAAUAUUGUCUGCUUUCAAAUUCAGGUGGACAGUUCGAACUAGGGAUACUGCCACGCUCAACCAGCAAUAUCUUCUAGCCAAUCAGAAAGGCUUAUUCGACAUCACCGUCAAAAAAUAAGACUUGCAAGCUGGCUGCCACUACGACAACAAUGAACACACACUACCACAGUUACGGGGGGGUGGGAGGGGGCCCAGACCUGGUGUCCCCCUCGCACUCGCCCGGGGGAGGCCUUGGGGGUCCCGACGGAGGAGGCCCCGGAGUGCAGGGUGGUGGUGGCGGUCCCUACGGUGGGCCACCCCCAGGCAACCAGGGGGGACCGCACCCUCUCAGCAACGGGGCACACUUCACCAACAGUCUGCACCAACACCCCCUCCACCACCACCAUCAUCACCAUCAUCAUCACCAUAUGAACAACAAUAACAACAACAACAGUACCAGCAACAACAACAACAACCAGAACUGUGCCGCUGUCAAGGUUUGCGCCGGCUGCAACGGGAAAAUAGUGGAAAGGUUUCUGCUGCAUGCGCUGGACCGCUACUGGCACAAUUCUUGCCUGAAGUGCAGCUGCUGCGGCUGCGUACUCGCCGAGAUUGGAUCGUCCUGCUUCACCAAGGCCGGCAUGAUUCUCUGCAAAAACGACUAUAUCAGAAUGUUCGGUAACUCGGGAGCGUGCUCGGCGUGCGGCCAGACGAUACCCGCCUCAGAGUUCGUGAUGCGAGCGGGGGGAGGCAUGGGGGGCCAGGGGCACCCCCGCACCAACCCCCCACGGGGGGUCCUCACCCCCCACCACGUGUUCCACCUCAAGUGCUUUGCCUGUUCCAAGUGCGGCGCACAACUCAUGCAGGGUGAUCGUUACUAUUUGCUCGCUGGUAGUCUCGUCUGUGAACAGGACUGGCAGAAACUGUUGAAGGGGUCAGCGGCGGCGCAGGCAAACGCGGCGGGGGGCACGACCACCGUACGGAAGGGCAAAGUGGGCCGCCCUAGGCGGAGUCGCGACUGAACUAGCCCUGACAACCCUUCACCCUACCCUAAUAACGCCACUGCACCGCUAUGGUGCUCGUUGUGGUCGGCCAUAACUUGUUGAUGACGUCAGAGGAGUGCGCUAAGCGGGGGACCAUCACAAAACACAAAAAUCAUGUAAAUAAAAUACAAAAAAUGAAGUAGAAAAAGGCAGAAACGCGCGCAAAGUACGUCAAGUUCGUCCGACUCUCGUUGUUACUUGAAAACUUAGUAAGUUACGUGUACUUAAAUUUAAACUUAAUUGCAGCUCAAUCCCGAACUGUUCGUGAACGCAUUGCAACAAUCGAAAGAAAAUGUUUGUUGUUCAAUCAAUAUGAAACACUACAAAAGAGUAUAAAUAUGUAAAAUAGUUAUUUAUUUUCGUCUCUUUCGAUUUAUAUUGUUUCUUUCACUUUUCUACUCUACAGAUUGUUAGCUAAGUCGUCGUUUGUAAAAAAUGAUCACACCUGUAAAUUAUAGUUUAUAAAUAAUAGACAUAUUAUCUAGAAUUGUAAGUGCGAAAUUUCUAUCCUAGAAUAAUACUACAUUGCCGAGGAAAUUUUCGAAAAAAAAACAUUCUCGGAAUCUCUGUUGUAAAUAAGCUAUGUUCGUUGCAUGGUACGGCAAAGUUAUUAUAUGAUUAGGAGAAAUUGUUCGUUUUUAGCUUGUUUUGACCAAAAGCUGUGGAGAGAUUCACUUCAAACUGUGUGUUGAAUGGAUGUCAUUUAUCAUGACAGUUCGACGUAAAUCUCACUACUUCCAAAUGGUUGAAUUCGUUUCAGAUCGGAUAAAAAUUAUUAUUUCAUUAGGAGAAUUAAUUUACUACAGAGUAGUAGCCUAUUCAUUCAUUAUUGUACGGUUCAUGCACAUUUUUCGAUAAUGGUCUUGAGUGAAUGUGUAGAACACAGUUUUAUGAUCAAAUUUCGAACAGUAUUAUUUUAGUUUAGAAGAAACUUGUUUCAUUGUAGGAUCACACUGGCUUUUAAGAUGACUGUGUUUUUAAGACUUCAACACAACAAAUUUCCCAAACAUUGUAUCUAGAGACAAAAUAUAUAUCACUUGUUUUUCAAAUUCAAAAAAUGUAAUUGCUCGAUGUGUCUCCAUUCAGUACUGAAAUAGACUGUGUUUUUAUCAAAUUAUUAUACUACUGUAUCUUCUAAUCAGAAAUGUUUUAGAUGGAACACUCAAGAUUAUUCCGUUUCCAAUUUGUUAUUUAAAAUUAAAAAGGUUCUCAGACAGUAGAAUGCUACUUGACAUAUGAGUGCAUCAAAAUGGUGAUUUCUAUUAAAAUUUUCUUAAUCUGUUGGAUUAUUGUGAUCUGAGACCCUCUAGUUUAGUAUUCAUUAUAUCUCCAUAAAUUGAAUUAAUAUCAAUAAAUUUUGAUGUUUGCAAGAGAACUGAGUCGUCUUCAUAAAUACUAUAAAAUUUUCAAUAAUGCAAUAAUAAUUGAUCUAUCUUAAUUACUUAACAACAAGAGCCUUCCACUCUGUUUCCAGUAAAAUUGAACCUCUGUGAGGUUUUUUGUGUUAAAAAUGUGUUAUAAAUGUUAUCCACACUUAUGAUUGGUGUAUUUUUCAAUAUCAUUGAAUUGAUAAUUUAUUUUAAAAAGUGGAUUCAUGAUAUCUACUAAUAAUUGUAAUAAACUCAUUGUCAACGAGAGAGUAUCAUAAAAAAUUGAUACAUUUCUGAUACAUUUAUUUCUAUGUUUUUUGAACUGAAACAGACAGUACACAAAUAUAUCAUUACUCCUAUUCUCUUGAAUAGGUUAUAUUAUGUAGAUUUAUAUUCAAAAAAUAUUCUGGUCAUCCCUUUUGAGUCAAUGAUGAUUGAAUUUUAUAGGAACAACAAUAUGUAUUAAUCUUUAGCUCGGAUAAACCAUAUGUUUUUCCAAUGAAUGAUAAAUAAUUAUAAUAGAAUUUGGUCUACAACAUUAUUUAUAUCCAUUUUCAUCGGAAAAUAGACCUACAUGUCGUAAUUUGUGUUCAGUAGACUCCAUACUACUUGAUUUAUUAUGUAUAAUGAACUACGUAGUAUAGAGUUCACUGUCUAUAAUAGAACAACGUACCCCUCACCAAUAUUUUCAACUGUCUGACAAUUAUCAUUUUCUCAAAUUAAACGAUUCUACGUGAUCGAUACGUAACAUUGAUUAAGAACUUCCUUCGCUGACAAAUGAGUUUGUUGAAAAGAAAAAAUCAAAAAUGUAACCAGUGCAAUCGCAAGCCUUCACUGUUGUAUUUUUUGUAAAUAAUUUUUGUUAUUGUUAUAACUGUUUAUUGUAUGUUUGAAUGCAAUCAGUGUAUUAGUUGGACUUAGUUUUUGAGAGUUAGUAACGAUAAUAAUAAUCGAUUUUUUGCAAUACAUUGAAUCAUUGGGCAAUCAAUAUUUGAUUAUUAAAUAAUAAAACCAUUCAGCAAUAAGUGAAAUUCUAGCAAAUAAUUGAAUUUAGUUGAGAAUAAUGAUCAAAUACAUAAUUUGAAUUGAUCUCGUAUUCAUUUGUAACCACUGUUGAAAUGUCGAGUCUUGCUUGGUUGAAUUGAAUGGCCUUCAAGCUGACGUGUUCAACUCAAAGAAUUGAGCAAUCAAAAGCAUUUUAUUCUAAACAACUGCUUCAUGAAUCAAGCAAUAACUUCAAGCAAUAUGUCGCUCAUUCUCAAUUUAUCACUUGAUAUUUCCAAAAUCGCUCACAUUAUCAUGCAAUUUGUUUAGAUGUAUAAUCUCUCAUAAGCUCGUUUAGUAUUUUCUCGGUGAACAAGAUUUUAAAAUGACUGUGCAGUAUUAUUAUUCUUUAUCAUAAUUUAUUCGAUUCCUUCAUAAUUCCCUACUAGAGGCGCAUCCUCAUAUAUCAGUAUCAAGGAUCGUGUCCAGUACAAUAAAAAUAUGAUUCCUACGAGUUCUCAAGUGACUUUUCUCACUCAGCCCGGACGAGCGAGUAUGAAUAGUCCCAUUAGAUCACAUGGAAAUGAUAUUUCCACUGUACCUGACACGAUUACUGACACUGAAAUGUGAGAAUUCAGUUUCAAAAUUCCCUACUGAAUCUGGAUCUCUUCCAUUAUUUUAAUUGGAAGAAAUAUAUUGAGGGAAUCUGCAGAAAUUCAUAAGAAUCGUUAUCGAACUUAAUUUUAAGUUCAAUUUUGCCGAUCCUUUUGAAAAUAUGCUUUUACGAAGAGUAUUUUAAUUCUUCUUCUUUCUAUAAAUUGCUGGAAUUCUUAGUUCACAUGUUAAUCGAAUAUUUGCUCAAAGUAUUAAUGGUGUAGACGCAAUAAUCUCUUUAUACUCAUUUAUAUAUUCAAUGUAUAUUUGUAAACGAAAUUUGUUUUUUCGCUUUACAGAGUUUAAUCAAAUAAAUUUGACUCAAAAACAAAUUAUUCCAGUGUAUGUCUUUAGAAGUGCUCAACAAUCAUUAUAAAUUUCUGUAAUCGAACAAAGAAUAGUUUAUCAUAUUUCAUCCUGUAAGGUAUUGAACAUAUUAUAUUUUCCCAAUUACAAAAAAUAUUCAAUAAAACUUGAUGUUCGAUUCUGUUACAAUAUAUAUUCUUCAGCUGAAUUUUGACAGAUAAAAUCAAAAUAGUGCACAGUAUAGAAAUAGUAUAAAAUAUUUGCAAAACUUGUUUCUCAAAAUUGUUUACAAUGUAGAUACUGUAAUUGAAUAUAAAUUGAUUGUAUCUAUGAGUGGAGGUAGAAAGAAAUCAGACUUCAAUCAUUAUUUUGUAGUAGAAAUGAUGGUUCAAAUGUUUAUCAGGUAAUACAAUAUAGAUCUCAAGUCGUUGUGUGUAUUUUAGCAAAUACUUGUUUCCAUUCUCCAAGCAACUUUCUAGAUAUUUUGAAUUGUCAACCUUUCAAUGUGUUUCUGUUUUUUAGUUUCUCUAAUGCAUGAAGUUUGUCUCCAUUUUUACAUGGCAUGCAUACUUAUCCAUUGUGUAUAUAGUCCAGUUAAACUUUAAUUAUUGUUGUACAGUUUAUUGUAAUAAUAAAAUCUGUUGUGUACAUCUCGCAAUAAGUAAAUUCAAUAACUAUAUUAAUAAAAACUGGAUUCUUUCCAUUA